GUCUACAAACAGGACACAAACUGCAGUGUACUGUUUGAACUUAGCAUCAGUGCUUCAGCAUUAGAGCAUCAACACACUGAUGCUCAUACACACUGUAUUGUUUACAUUUUCACUUAGUGUGUCUGUUAUUGUGUCCAUGUGUUCUGUGAUAUUCAGUUGGUCACACCAACAGGGUUUCAAAGUGGUUGCGUCACACAGAGAGCAUUAAAGUGCUGAGUCAGCUCAGCAGGGACAGGUGGAUGGAGGAAUGGAUGGAGGUGGAUCUGGGUUUGACACCAUCAGCCUGCAAUCAAGACACAGUCAGAAAGUAAAACCUGCUCAUGUAUUUCCAUUCAGGGACAAUUAGAAAACUAAACCACUGAACCUGACUGAGGAACCGGCUGGUUUUUCACUGAACCCUGUGAUUGAUCUACGUGUGCUUUCAGUGUCGUCUUCAAUGUGAACCCUGAGAACUCUGAGAGGACAGAUGAGCUGCCUCGGCUUUGAGUGAGCCUGAUCCAGCUAAAAACAAAGAGGGUUUAGGAGGCGAUACAGAUGGAGCCAGUGACUGAGAACAUCUCCUCACACAAAUAUUUCUUCCUGGUUGGCUUUAGUGAACUCGGAGAGCUGAGGCCGUUCCUCUUCAUCCCGUUCUCCUUAAUGUUUGUUGUGUCACUGUUUGCUAACUCCCUGCUGGUGUACGUGAUCGUUUCACAGAGAAGCCUCCACUCGCCGAUGUACAUCCUGAUUGCCAGCAUGUCGUGCAUUGACCUCAUUCUUCCUGUAUUCUUUGUUCCCCACAUGCUGCUGAGCUUCCUGUUUGACUGGAGGGGGAUCUCUCUCAUUGGCUGCCUUGUUCAGAUGUAUUUCAUUCACUUUUUUGGAACUUUUCAGUCCACUUUGCUGGUAUGGAUGGCUCUGGAUCGUUACUUUGCCAUCUGCACACCACUCUACUAUCAAGAACAAAUGACUUUGGCAAAAUUUCUUAAAUUUGUGAUCCCACUUUUCAUCAGAAAUAUGUUUGUUGUCUUGGUGGUGGUCAGUCUGGCUGGAAAAUUGCCAUUCUGUCUGAGAAAUGUGAUAAACCACUGCUUCUGUGAGCACAUGGCCUUGGUGGAGUUGGCCUGUGGAAGCACCAUCAUUAACAGCCUGGUGGGGUUGAUUUCAGUCUUCUUAGUCCCAGUGACUGACUUCUUCCUCGUCACUGCCUCUUACAUAAUCGUAUUCAACUCUGUGUUGAGGUUAAAAAAAUCAAGUGCCAAAGCUCUUCACACCUGUGUUACACACAUUGUGGUCAUAACUGUUAAUCUGUCCAUCGUACUCAUAGCUUUAUUGUCAUAUCGAAUAAGAAACGGUCUCCCUUCAGCCAUUAGGAUUUUCUUCAGCAUAAUGUACCUGUUGUUUCCAACCUGUUUCAACCCGAUCAUCUACGGCAUCAGAACUACCGAGAUCCGACAGCACAUCCUGAAAACACUGAAAAUCUGA